AUGUCCACGCUCAGGAGUAGUGCCAGCGGUGCGACAGACGCCAGUGGCGCGUCGCGCAAGCACCAGCCUCAAGUGGCCGCGGCCCCCGUCUUUACGUGCGGCUGGCUGCGGCUCAAGGGUGGCUUCUUCCGGAGCUGGAAGGCCUACUACUUUGUCUUGACGAAAGGCGAGCUCUUGGCGUUUGCGACGGCGCGCUUCGAAGGACAGCCGCACAAGCACCGGAUUCGGGUCGCUGUCGCGGAGAAGAGCACCAAGCACGAGAUGGGCUUCGUCGUGGCAUCGCCCACGGGGACGCAGCUCACCGUGGCCGCAACGUGCGAGCGCGACUAUGACAAGUGGGCCAUGGCCUUCACGGGCGUUUUGGCGCAGCCCAUGACGCCGAAGGUCGUGCCACAAUGCGUCAUCGAGUCGCCGACACCGACGCCGUCCGUAGAAUCGGACGUCUACCUCUAUGUGCCCACCAACGUGAUUCCGCUUACGACGUCGGCGACCGCGCUGGACGCCGCCCGCGCCGAGAUCACCAAGCUUCAAGCGACGCUGGGCGACCACGUCCCGAUGCGCAGCACGCUCGACGACCCGAGCGUCGAGUGGCGCGUGGGCAAGCCCGACUAUACGCUCGUGAACCUCCUCUUCCUGCAAGGCAAGACGUACAACCACAAGCCCGGCUCGCUCGAGUGGAUGGUGCAGAACCUCAUCAAGACGUGGGAGAUGGAGGUGAGCCACAAGACGAACGCGCAGCAAAUGACGACGAUGCACCCCAAGCUCUUCCAAUGCCACGUCAACGGCGCGAGCCCCGUCGCCGCCGACGACCUGGUCCGCAACGGCAAGUACGACACGUUUCUCGCGGCCGCGCCAACGGCCAAGGCGCUCUACGACGCCAAGCGCAGCACGCGGGACCGAGCGUCCAUGACGUUUGGGUCGGCGUUUCCGGACGGGUUUGCGUGGGAGGUGCUCGAGGUCUUCUCCAAGCUGCCCCGCGUCUCGUUUUCGUGGCGCCAUUGGGGGUACCCGAAGCCGUCGUCGAAUGCGUCACCGAUGGUCGAGCUCUUUGGUUUCACGAUCCUUGACCUCGAUGCGUCGAACCGCAUCUGCGGCAUGGAGACGUUCUACAAAGCUGAAGCCUUUUUGGACGCGCUGCACCGCCAGCAGCUACUCAAGCGACCGGGAGAAACCUCGUCGCGCCAGCGGUUCUCAUCGUCGAUGACGGAGCGCAGCACGAUGCUGGACGGGCGCCUCUCGCUCUCGGGGCACUCGAAGGACAGUGCAGCUAGUCACGAAGACGUCUUCUCGUGCCCUUUUGAUAUGACGAGCCCCGCCUUCUCGGACCGCCAAUCUACACUCAGCGCCCCGUCGCCAGUGUCAAGCAGCAGCGCCAGCACGAGCAAGUGCCCGUUUGCGGGCAAGUUUUUGUGA